ACAAACCAACAGGAAGACAAGAAUCACAAACAUAAACCUUUCUCACUCUACUCCCAAAAACGACUUGUGUUCCUUACCAACCUCAAUGGCUUGUUGUUGCAAAUUUUUAACCGGCUUCCUAUUAUGGGCUCUUUUGAUGCUUUCAUGGUGCGAAGCUUCAAGAAGCAGCAUUAAUGGAUAUGAUCAUCAUCAUUCUUAUGGAAUGUUCAAAUCCUAUAGCUUAAUCAAGCGAAGAGAUGGUAUCACACGUUUGAAAAGCUUUGCAAGAGUCUCUUCCCGGCCUCCAACCACCGUUAGUGUUUCUGAUUUUGGAGCUAAAGGAGAUGGAAUAACCGAUGACACGCAGGCGUUUGUAAAUGCAUGGAAUAAAGCAUGUUCUUCAAGUGGAGCCGUUAAUCUCUUACUUCCUGAAGGGAAGACUUACUUCCUCAAGUCUAUUCGAUUAAAUGGUCCAUGCAAAUCAAUCCUUACCAUUCAGAUAUUCGGAACGUUAUCGGCAUCUCAAAAGCGAUCGGAUUACAAAGAUAUCAGCAAAUGGAUUACGUUUGAUAGCAUUAACAGUCUAUCUGUAGACGGUGGCGCCACCGGAACUGUCAAUGGAAAUGGCGAAACGUGGUGGCAAAACUCAUGCAAACGGAACGAAGCUAAGCCAUGCACAGACGCACCAACGGCUCUUACUUUCUACAACUCAGAGAAUUUGCAAGUGAAUAAUCUGAGGGUGAGAAAUGCGCAACAGAUUCAGAUUUCAAUUGAGAAAUGCUCUAACGUUCAGGUCUCAAAUGUUGAGGUCACUGCACCUGCUGAUAGUCCUAACACCGAUGGUAUUCACAUCACUAACAGUCAAGACAUCCAAAUCUCCAAAUCCAUCAUUGGAACAGGUGAUGAUUGUAUAUCUAUUGAAACUGGAUCACAAAAUGUUAAAAUCAAUGAUUUAACUUGCGGCCCUGGUCAUGGUAUCAGCAUCGGGAGCUUAGGAGAUGACAACUCAAAGGCAUUUGUAUCAGGUGUGACUGUAGAUGGUGCUAAGCUUUCCGGAACAGAAAAUGGAGUUAGGAUCAAAACAUAUCAGGGAGGGUCAGGAACUGCUAGCAAUAUCAUAUUUCAGAACAUUCAGAUGGACAAUGUAAAAAAUCCAAUCAUAAUCGACCAAGAUUAUUGCGACAAGAGUAAAUGCACCGAACAGACAUCCGCAGUCCAAGUGAAAAACGUGGUGUACCGGAACAUAAGUGGCACAAGCGCAUCGGACAUAGCAAUAACGUUGAACUGUAGCAAGAACUAUCCAUGCCAAGAGAUUGUGCUUGACAAAGUAAACAUUAAAGGAGGAAAAGGAAGCUGCAGCAAUGCUAAUGUGAUGGAUGAAGGCACUGUUUUCCCUCAGUGCAAAUCCACUUAAUUAACAAACACACAUAGCUACGGAGUAUACAGUAAUAUUAAUAUACACAUAUACUUGUCGAUAUAUACAUGGCGGACACUGAAUUAGUUUAAAACAUUGUCUAGUUAUGAAGACAUAGUAUAAAUAUACACAUAAACUACAUGUUUCAAGAGAUAUAUUGG